AAACCGUGUGAUCAGGAUGAUUCCUGUCUGCGCUUAGAGUGCAUAAGGAAGAAGUGGGGACAAAUUAGGGGUUCUGGGGAAAACGUCAACUGGAAUACGGUAAUUAAUGGCUCCGACUGGCUGCCGGGGUCACUGCUAAAUGACAUGAAGGAUAAGAAGAAGCAAGGGGAGGUUGACACAUACUGCACUGCAGAUAAGGACGGCAGCGCCUGGGAGAAGGGCGCUUCUGGCGACGCCAAUAGAACCGCUUGCAUGAUGGUUGCGGCAGGUUUAAAGAACAUUUCGAGUAUUCAGUUGAACUAUGUGACGAAGUCGAAUGAAAACCCCUUCGCCCACCAAGAAUUUAGACAACUCGCUUCUUGCUUAUUACUGAAGGCAGCUGCACAGAAAAUGAUAAACCAGAGCCCCAUUUGCGACAUAAGGAAAGGGAUAGAGAAGGCUUUCAACUCUGCGUCCGACAUUAAGACAAUUUAUUGCAAGAAAGAGCCAUGCUUCGUCUGUAAUUGGGAUGAUAAGGAGAAAUAUGAUAAUUGCAAAAGGGACAGCAGCUCGACUGAAAUGAAGGCCCACUUAGAGACAUGGCUUCAAAAGAAGAGCACCGAACUCAAGAACACUCUCUCCGAAGUAACUAAUAUCGACGGAAACAAUGGCACCCUUUGCCAGCGCUUACAAUGUUUAGCAUCCAAAGUUGAAGCACUUAAAAACCAGGCAUCAGGCACCCAGGACGCGGACACAUUUUGGACAGAUAAAGGUGAAGUUGGUAAACUGUGGACACAAUUGUCCGAAGCAAUCAUUAGUACAAAUGCUAAGAGCGACGAAACUAUAUGUAAAACAAUGGAUGAUGGCACUGGUGCCACUGGCACUGGCAGCAGACCUGCCACCGACCCCGAAAAGAUGGCAUGCAAUUAUUUGCAUGCCGGUUUUGAAAAACUGAAGCAACUUACAAUGGAUGGAACUUCCUACCCAAUUUUAUCCAAACAUACAUCUUUGAAAGAAACAGUGGGCUGUUUAUUACUUCAUUCUUAUGCAAAAAAAAUGCAAGGUCUAUCCAAAUGUGUCAUUGAUUCAGGUUUAAAGAAAGCUUUUAAGGUUGGUGCUAAUGGUCUUCUUGGUAAUUGCAAUUUGGAUGAAAAAUUGGAUGACUGCAGCGUGACAAUUGGCAGUGCCACUACCAAGGUACAGGAUAAAGUGAAUUCAAUACUCACGUCAGAAGAGAACAACAUAGACUUCAUCACUGAGCACAUGAAUGAAAUGACGUCUUUAUGUCAGAAGCUCCAAUGUGCCGUACCAAAUUGGUUUCAAAAACACAGUAAAGGUAGCAGUAAUACUGGUAAUACUAAGAAGACUUGG